AGCCAGUGAGGUGUCUGGUAGAUCUCCGACAGAAUCGCGAGAUAAAAAAAGAGUUAAGGAAAAGUACCAUGGGGCAGAGGAGGCAUAUCAAGGAAACAUUUUCCCUCCACUUCCUUACUGCCCUUUUAUUGCUGUACUUUUUUUGUGCAGGACUCUGCACUAGUCCAGACCCGUGCCCCGACGUGCCCUUCUCCGAGCGCGAGCGCCUCAACACUUGCCGGGUCAUCUCAAGGGGACGCGUGUCCGAGCAGGACGCCAGCCCGGAGGGCUGCUCCCGCGCCUUUCACGUCCUUUUCACGAGACAUUUCAAGGCCAAGCCGCCCGGCCCCGUGCUGCAGGUCUCUCACCCCCCCGGCUGCAGUGGCAGCGGCUGGGAUCGGCCCCACGAGUCCGUUCUUGACCUCGAGGCGAACCAGGAAUAUCAGUUCUACCUGAACGGAACCGACCAACAGCUACACCUCGUGGCGGCUAUCAGAGGUCGCUGCGCUCGCCUCCCGGAACGGAAACUAGCCAAGCGAGAAGCUUCCAAGAGCUCGAUGCGGCUCACACUUUCAACACUUUCAAAGGUCUGGCAGAAGAGCGAAGCCGAGGACGCCCUUGACAUAGUAGAAGGGGAUCCCAUCCGACUCAAGUGCACCGCAGAAGUCCUCAAUGGCGAUUGGAUCCAUAAUCUCAAAUGGGAGAUCCUGGACUCAGCCAAUGAGACUGGCAAUGUGAAGUCAAUAAAAGAACACAAUGUGACCGCCAUCACACGCAUCGCUACUGUGAAUAAAGCGGAUGCGUCUAAUACAGGAUUAUACCGUUGCAGCCUCGUUGUGAACGGCAAAAAAGAUUCGGAAGAAGUUCGCAUCAGUGUUAUUGCAAAGGACACGAAAAACGUAUCUGUGGAGUUAGAUUCUCCAAACAUACACAUGAACAGCAGUGGAGAGGACGACAGCGUGACGUGGAUCCUUCGCAUAAGGGCAUACCCCAAGCCCGAAAUCAUCUGGAGAAAAGGAGACAAGGUCUUACUGAACUCUGCUACGCCGUCGGGAGGAGGAAGCCGCUACUCCCUGGACUUAACGAAUUUCGAGAAACACGAAGUCCGCUUGACCAUCGACUCUCCCGGGCUCUCCGACGUCGGGAACCACACCGUCGAGGCCGCGGUCGGCGACGGAAGCGUGGCCGAUCGCGUCACGCUCGCUUUCACCAUGGAAGUCCAGGCGAAAGUGCAAUCCUUCCGACUGGUUCCUUCGGGGCGGAUAUGGCGAAUGAACGACAGCUUCCGGAUCACAUGCUUGGCCGAAGGAUAUCCCAGGCCGUCCGUUGAACUCUGGGCCGGAGAGUGCAGGCACAAGGACCACUGUUUACCCGAGGAACCUGUGACGGGCGAUGGGGGUGCCAACUCGACUCGCCUCGCCCUCCAGCUGGACACGACGGCGGCGGAGGAGGAGGAGCUCGAGGCCGUAAGGACGCAGAGGACGUGGGUGGGCGUGGCAGUGACUCCGGCCAUCUUCGUCUGCAUGACGAACAGCAGUCUAGGAUACAACAUGAGCGAGCCCGUUAAGCUUCUUGUGACUGACACCGAAUGGAACGUGACUUUGCACUUGGAAUCCAUCGUGAACAGGGUCUCUCAAGAUGGCCACAAUUUGACCUUUGUGGAGGGCGACAACUUGACCUUCACCUGUUACGGGAACAAGAUGCUGACAAGCAAAGACCUGCGCUGGAAGCUAGACGGAGAGCGCCUGCCACGGGAAGGGCCAGCGGCGGAGGGCCUUGAGGCAGUUGCAGAGAAUGAAACAGAUCUGUCUUACAUCAUCAAGGUGGCCAUGCCCAGCGUGCGGCGCAAGGAGAACCAAUCGGAACUGGUCUGCUAUGAUGAGUCCAAUCCUGAAGUGGCUGUGAGCAAAGAAUUCUAUAUACAAGCGAUGGAAAAGCCCGCUUGGAUGCCAGGCGUCUCGCACCCACAGGAAAGAAUAGAGGCCCAAAGGGAGACUGAACUCCUCCUCCCGUGCAUCGCUUCUGGCACUCCAACGCCCAAGGUCGACUGGUACAAGGAUGGAGUUCGGAUCGAGGGAAAACCUAAGAACAGGGAGAUCAGAAACCAAGAACUCUACUUCUCCUAUUUACUAGUCGGUGACACAGGAGAAUAUAAAUGCGUGGUGAGAAAUCGCGCUGGCGCAAUCGAGGGCAAAACGUACGUGUACGUGACGGACCCCGACUCUCCUUUGAGUCAUAAGACAAUGAUUAUUAUCGUGUCAAUUUCUGCUUGUGCUUUGCUCUUUGUAGUCGUCUUCUUCUGUGUGAGGAUUUAUAUUUAUAAGAAACGCGCGUAUGUUCUGCGCUUGGAGGAUCAUAAGAUUUUCGUCAGAGGAUGUCCCGAGAGCCUUAACCCACAGCUCGGGCUCGACCAGCAGGCAGACCUCCUGCCUUAUGAUACCAAGUAUGAAGUACCGAGGGAUUUAAUAAUUUUCGACCAGCUCCUGGGCUCGGGCGCUUUCGGCCACGUGUACCGCGCCACAGUCCUCAACCUCCGGCCGGGGAAGCCGCGCACUACAGUGGCUGUCAAGAUGACGAGGUCACACGUCGACAGUACCCAGCUGAAAGCACUGCGCUCGGAGCUCAAGAUCAUGAUGCACAUCGGGCGUCACAUGAACAUCGUCAACCUUUUAGGCGCCUGUUCAAAGCACUUCGCGUCGAAAGGCGAACUGUUGCUCUUAGUCGAAUAUUGCAAGCACGGAAACAUCCUCGAGUACAUGAGGCGGCAUCGCAAGGAAUUCGUGGACCAGAUGAGCAAAAAUGGCAACGCAGACCACAGAAUGCGACACAGGGCUGGAUUUGGUUCAGGGGCGAGGACAUCGAGCGCCCUCAAGAACGCUCAUGUCCACUUCGGGCCGGAAGCCGUUCGCGACCACAGCGAUCACAGCUCCAACGGCAGUCACUCCGGGAAGACGCUUUGGUUGAACGUCGAAUACGGGCGCCCCUCGGCGGGUUCGCAGAUGAGCUCGGCCUCCUGCAGCGACCAGUAUCUGGCGUCCGACAUGAGCACGCUCACCUUGGAAAGUAGCCUUGGAUCUGAGGAAGACUUUUUACUGUCCAGUCGCUCAGGAGCUUCCGAAACGAGCUUCUGUACCCGAAGUCUGUUCCUGUGGGCCUUCCAGAUCGCCAAAGGGAUGGAGUACCUCGCUUUCAAGAAGGUUCUUCAUGGAGAUCUGGCCGCAAGGAAUAUUCUUCUGACGGAAGACAAUGUUGUCAAAAUCAGUGACUUUGGAUUAGCUAAAGACAUCUACAGAAAAGAGAAUUAUCACAAAAAGAGUAAAGGCCCGAUGCCGGUGAAAUGGCUGGCUAUAGAAUGCUUGCGAGAAGGCAUUUUCUCCACACAGAGUGACGUCUGGUCCUUCGGUGUCGUGCUCUGGGAGAUAUUCAGCCUGGGACAGAACCCUUACGCUGGCGUCGAGUUUGAUGAAACCUUCAUUGCCAAAGUUGAAGAGGGAGUCAGGCUGGAGAAACCUAAAUAUGCCACUUUUAACAUGUACUGCACGAUGCGAGACUGCUGGGCAAAAAACCCUCUUGACAGGCCCUCCUUCCCAGACCUGGAGGCAAGACUGAGCGCGAUGAUUGGGGAGGCAAACAGACAGCACUUCCUCGAGCUCAACCAGCCGUACCAGAAUGAUAACUCCGACAGCGCUUUCAUAAGUCGUCUGCAAAGUCCUGAUUACUCUGUCAAAGUCCACGAAGGAAGGACAACUGGCAGAGACAAUAGCAAUGAGGUCCUUUCCAGCCCCGGCCUGUAUGGGGAUAUUAGUCUACCCGCCACCUCUCCCCCCGGCAACACGAGUCCCGAUCAGAUUCCAAGAGGUGGUCCUGCCGGAAAUUACUUGACCAUGUCCAGCCUCGCCUCAGGUCGCAGUGAGCGACCCCACGCUGACCUCAAGGCUGAGGCUGAGGGGAGUGGCACUAUGCUGGGCGGCGAGGGCUUGGGCGGGCACAGCGCCAGUGGACUAGACGUUCCGGCAAUGCAAAAUAACCCAGGAUACUACCAGAAUCUAUCUAUCCCGGCGUCAAAGGAGAGGGACGGCCUUACCACAGGAGGCGCCUUCUGCGAGGAAACAAGUGUUUAAGAACCAUAGGGGUGGAGAGGCACUU